GGUGAUUCUCUCGACUUUGAGGGGUAACAAAAGUCAAACCAGGCAAUUGCACCAGACUAGCUCUACCAAUCUGCCUACUUGAAAAUAUUCAUACCCACUCAGCUGCUCAGGUAUGCACGGCAACCUUGAAGGUUUCAGGAGCUCUUACACGCCACCAUGCCACAGUACAUGCACUUGAACUUGACCGUACCUACCCGCCCGCCCCCGUUUCCCCACUCCGUUUCCAACCUCCCCCACGGCCACUCACUUCACGAUCAUCAACGUCAUCAAUUACGUCGGUGCAUCGACCACUGGAACGCUUGCUCUGCUACUGCUACUGCUACUGCUGCUGCUGCUGCUGCUUGCUGCAUUGCAGCCUCCUGCUAGCAUCAUGUCCAAACCACUAGCUGCUGCGGGUGGCUGGAGCAUUGGCCAGCACCCGCCCGCCAUCUUCCCACAGACUUGAUAACCUCUAUGCCUCCGCUCUCCCCCCCUCUCAUCCUCUGCAUCUUCCUCCUCACACCAUCAGGCAAUCGUGAGAGAACCUCGACCACUCGUGCUCACCAAUUGGCCUGCCGUAUCUGCUUGAAUCCAGCUCCACCAGCCCCGGACCAGACACACCUUGACUUGCUCUCAUUCCCUCGCUGCGGUCAAGAUGCAGAACGUCCUCGAAAUCGAACCCAUUCCCACUGUCAAGCCCGACCCCACCCAAUAUGAGGUCGCCGGCGACACUGGCUUCAGCACGUUAUGGGUCGUGUUCGUCAUCAUGCUCGUAGCCUCGGGCUUCUUCACCCUACUCUCGUGGAACAUCCCCGUCUCGAAGCGUCUCUACCACGUCAUAACCACCCUCAUUACCAUCACUGCCGCCCUCUCCUACUUUAGCAUGGCCACCGGUCACGGUGCCAACCUGCAUUGCGUCCAGGUCAAGACCCACCACAACAAGGUCCCCGACACAUAUCAUGAUGUCUGCCGUGAGGUCUACUUCGCUAGGUACAUCGACUGGGCCAUCACCACCCCUCUCCUGCUGGCCGACCUCUGCCUCCUGGCCGGAAUCGAUGGUGCCCAUACCAUCAUGGCCAUUGUCGCCGAUCUAAUCAUGAUCUUGACCGGCCUCUUUGCGGCCUAUGGCAACGAGAAGACCGCUCAAAAGUGGGGCUGGUACGCCAUUGCCUGCAUUGCCUACAUCUUUGUGAUCUGGCACGUUGCCCUGCACGGCACCAACACCGUCAAGGCCCGUGGAAACAAGGUCACCAAGCUCUUUGGUUCUCUGGCCCUCUUCACCUUCAUUCUGUGGACAGCUUACCCCAUUGUGUGGGGUUUUGCCGACGGUGCACGCAAGGCGUCUGUCGACUCUGAGAUUCUGGCCUACGCCGUACUUGACGUACUGGCCAAGCCCAUCUUCGGCCUUUGGCUGCUUGUCAGCCACCGGAGCAUUCCCGAGACAAACGUUGAGAUUGGUGGAUACUGGGCCCACGGCCUGUCCAACGAAGGCCGCAUCCGCAUUGGUGACGACGAAAAUUAACUCGGCCAUGGCUGGGGUACCCUCGCCGUUGGGGGGAGCGGUCCUGUCUACGUGCGACACUAACGAGGGUAAUGUUGCUUUCGCUACUAUGGGUAUGACAGUCGAGAAAUGGUCGGUAGAGCCACCAUGACACCACCAGAUUGAAAACAUGGCUAUUUCGUUUGUCAGUGAAGAAGCAAGAGGAGGGAAAAGUACUCAUGUGCUGUGACUGGAAUGUUUGCUUUCCCCAUUCUGCAUCUAUUUUGUUUGGUAAUUUCUCCUCUUCUCACUCAUGAUCCUUCCAUCUUCCACAUUCCGAGGGGGUAUUUUUCCACAUUUGCCUACGGCAGACCAUUGAACGGCAGCAUUUGAUUUCAUAACUCGAUCAUCACUUUAACUCGAUCAUCACUUGACUUGUGUGUAUGGCCACUGUGGUUCGCAUCGUCCUUUAGAAUCUUAAGUCUCUGCACAAUGAUACAUAUAAUGCUCCAAUUAGCCGUAUUGCAAACGCGAUCCUCUAUAAUAUAUAUCAUGGACAGGCCUGUAGAUA